GGAAAACUACCUGAGUCUCUAACCACAGUAAGUAUGAAACCGAUGUGCUUCGGGACGUCACGACACGACACGUUAAUAUUUUUCUGCCUUUAAUGAUAGGUGGGUGAUGAGAACAAACUUACCAUAACUACCAACAUUCAGAAAUGAAUAUCUAUAGAAUGUUGUGAUUGGUUGAAAAAUAUAAAAGGUUGGCAGUUGUCAUGCAACCUGUAAAUUGUAUUUUGUGAUUGUGAAUUUGUCGAACGAAAUUGUUAGUUUGUUUUGUCUCAAAAAAUAUGGUAAUCAGUUCAUGUAUGUUGUUCAGUAAUGGUUAAUUAAAAAUAUGACUAAAACGUUUAAGUUUUAAAAUUAAAAUGUGAAUGUUACAAAAAUUCAUGCAAGUUAAGUGGGUUGUAUUGUAAAAAUGCUAAGUGUUGCCGUCGAAUCUUGGUAAACUCAUGUUGGGAGGUUUAUUGGAAGACCCAGUUACAUUUUCACUGAGCAAUAGGUACAUGCACGCAGCGGGAAUGACAAUAAUGGCAGUUUCUGUUGGAGAAAUAUGCGAGAACACGAAGCUGGCCAGAGAAAUGGCCCUCAUGGGGAACUACGAGUCGGCUCUCGUGUACUACGAGGGAACAGUGCAGAUGAUACAUAGACUGUUGAUCACUAUCGCUGACCCCACACGCAAAUCCAAGUGGCAAUUGGUCCAGAAGCAGAUGGCGCGUGAGUACGAACAGCUGAAGGCAACAGUGGCAACGCUGCAAAUGUUCCAACACGACGGGGAGAAGGCGCUCACACCUCUCGCAGGAAAUUAUGAGGACCUGCCGACCCGGGACCAGAUGUGGGGGCCGGCGCCGCACGAAAUCGACCCCGACGUCUGGCCCCCACCCCCAGACCGCGACCCCAACGCUUGGCCGCCCCCCACCAGCGCAGAGCACAAAGGACCUCCAGUCAUGAAGUCAGCACGUAACAAUCCACGGAACAGCCGCGUAGAGAACAAGAAACCCACUACGGGCCGGAACGCAACCACAUCACAGAGAAAGACCUCCGACGCAAGGAAUACGAAAAAUGCCGCCAACAAAGCUCAUAGUGCAAAAACAAAGGACACAAGCAAUAAGGACCACGGCAACAUUGGCAAAGACAAGCAAGACAGAGACAACAAUAACGGUGACACAGACGACGAGAAACACAAAGAGGAAGAGAGGAGAUUUGAGCCGCCGUCGGCCGCAGACGGCGACUUGGUAGAUAUGCUUGAACGAGAUAUUGUACAAAAGAAUCCCAACAUUAGAUGGGACGACAUCGCCGACCUAGCGGAAGCAAAGAGAUUGCUCGAAGAGGCCGUAGUCUUGCCAAUGUGGAUGCCAGAUUUUUUCAAAGGUAUCAGAAGACCAUGGAAGGGGGUUUUGAUGGUAGGCCCGCCUGGCACAGGGAAGACGAUGUUAGCCAAAGCAGUGGCGACAGAAUGCGGUACCACUUUCUUCAACGUUUCCUCUUCUACGCUCACUUCCAAAUACCGGGGAGAAUCGGAGAAACUUGUGCGGUUACUGUUCGAAAUGGCGCGGUUCUACGCUCCCAGCACUAUAUUUAUCGACGAGAUCGACUCUUUGUGUUCUCGACGAGGCUCCGACUCGGAACACGAGGCAUCGAGGCGGGUCAAGUCCGAACUGUUAGUGCAAAUGGAUGGAUUAGGGUCAGCCACCGAUGAACCCGCCAAGGUAGUAAUGGUGUUAGCAGCGACCAACUUCCCGUGGGACAUCGACGAAGCUUUAAGGCGUCGUCUCGAAAAACGCAUAUACAUCCCUUUACCGACACAGGAUGGUAGGGAAGCAUUACUGGCGAUUAACCUAAGGGAGGUCAAAGUGGACCCUGAGGUGGAUCUACGGACUAUAGCCAGGAAACUUGAUGGUUACUCUGGCGCGGAUAUCACUAACGUUUGCAGGGAUGCAUCAAUGAUGUCGAUGCGUAGAAAGAUCGCCGGUCUAAAACCGGAACAGAUCAAACAAUUAGCCAAGGAAGAGCUGGACCUUCCCGUGACCAAGCAGGACUUCAUGGAGGCGCUGGCCAAGUGCAACAAAUCCGUUUCCAAAGGCGACAUACAGAAAUACCUCUCGUGGAUGGACGAAUUCGGCUCCUCUUGAUCUUAACCAAAUCCCAAUAGCACAGGUUCCCCAUUCGAAAUUGUGAUAUUUCGGCUAAAACUCGACGGAGUUUCAAACGUUCGCCUUACAACAUAGAUUACGCGACUGUUUCAGUAUUACCAUACCUACUUAUAGUAUAAUACCUGCGCUUCACUUGGCUAUUCGUGUUUGCUAUUUGUGCAAUUGACAUCAGUCUGUCCUUUUCAUUUCUUAUAAAGGUCGAUAAGGACGGACUGUUGUCAAGUUUACUAAUAGCAAAUACGAAAACCCAAGUGAAGUGCCGGGAUAAUAGAAAGCAUAUCGAAAUUUAACAAAUCUCAGCCCUGGUACCGUGAGGUGUUCACGUUAAACGCGAAAAUGUAAUCAAAUUUUAUUGGCGUCUUUAAUAAAGAUAAUAUUUUUACAUACAGUAGUCGGAUUAGAUACGACCUUCAUGAACAGGUUAUGCACUAUAUGUUACCCGACACAAGUAUACAUACAGUGGAUUGCUAGAUUGGUACACAUUUUGUUUUUAUUUUGUAGGAACGCCGUGAUCUUUGUACUUAAAUUAGGUUACUUGGAUUAUAUAGAGUUUAGAUAUAAUUUUAUGCCAUAACUAAUUUAUAUGUACUUUUAUAGAUUUUUAUUGAAACUAAAAUUUUUAGGUACUGUAAUAACAAAACUUGAUUUGGCAUUUAUGUAGUAUUUCGCUCAAUUAAGUUUAAAACAACUCGUAAUUAUUAAAUUGUGUUGUUAGAUAACUUAAAAAAAUAUAUUACAUUUAUGUAGUAGUCGCUGGCUAAUUUAAAUAAAAUUAUAGUUACACAACACAUCCACCUGUAUGCAUGUACUAUAAUGCUUUUUAAAAAAGGUCUUUUAUGAACAAUAAUAUUUUUCAAAGUAUAAUAAUAGCAAUAUAUGUGUUCAUAUUUUAACAUAAUCUACUACUCUUAUUUUAACUCCUGUUCUAUUCCAGAGAAAAUAAUUGGUCUAAUAAUGUUUUUUUUUAUAAAGAUAAUAUUUUUGCAAGCAUGUUAACAAAAUUUGUGUAACGAAGAUAAAAAUAAAUAAAUUUUAUCCAUUUUUAUUCUUUUAUUUACACUAUAUCGCCUUCUGCGUUCAAUCAAACUUGAACCAUUAUAAUUCACACCGAGGUGUGACCUGACCAAAAACUGUCCCGCCAAAAUCGAGGCGUCUGGCAACGCUGGUUCACUCCCACGCGCGCGUCUUGCUUGUAGUAGUGAAACGAUCGCAGCGCGGUGUAAUGAAGCUUUACCUUUGUACGGAUUGUACGUUUCUUUAGGCGCUUUGCAGACGACAGGGCGGGGCGGACUUUUUGUCCGCGUAGCAAUAAAAACCGCGUCUGCCC